UCACCAACCAACGCCCCCACACACACCAGUCUAAAAGAAUAGGCUUAAACCCUCUUUUUAUCAUCUGUAGCCUCUAUAACAGCCACCUGCUUCACCUCUACCGCUGUUUCACCGUCGGCCGCCGCCGCCAACUGCCAAUCACGAUUCUUCCUCCCUCACUAAUAUAGGUAAGAGUUAAGAACAAAAGGGGCUAGAAAAAAUGAACAAAAAGGAAGUGUUUAAGCUAGCUAAAGGCUUCAGGGGAAGGGCAAAGAACUGCAUUAGGAUUGCUAGAGAAAGGGUGGAGAAGGCACUUCAGUAUUCUUAUAGAGAUAGGCGCAACAAGAAGCGUGACAUGCGUUCUCUUUGGAUAGAACGCAUCAAUGCUGGCACUCGCGUACAUGGUGUCAAUUAUGGUAACUUCAUGCAUGGACUUGUGAAAGAAAACAUCCAACUAAAUAGGAAGGUUCUGUCUGAGCUGUCAAUGCACGAACCAUAUAGUUUCAAGGCUCUUGUCGAUGUUUCGCGCACUGCUUUCCCUGGAAACAAGAACUUGCCAUCGGCUCCGAAGAAGGAAGGCCUGUCUAUUUUGCUUUGAUCACAACUAGUUCUUUUUAGUCUCCAAACAACCUUGUUUUAGAUCUGUUAAAAGGGUAUGAAAGAUCAUUUCCUUUCAUAAUAUACUAAAUAAAUUUCAUCGUGGAUUAAAAGAGAUAUGAAAGUAUGGUAAGUCUUCAGAAGCCGUAUAUAUGGAACUAGCCAUAUUUAUGGAACUGAAAGCACAAAUCGUGUAUUGGCAAA